AUGAGUACAAAGCUAGAAAACGAGGCAGAGGAUGCCAAUAUCUCAUAUCCCUCGCCCGGCACUGAGGCAAUGGAAGCUGGCCCUUUUUACAACACUAGUAGCCGAGACGUCCCUCAAGACCACCAAGAGCACGAGCAUCAUGAGCAUCAUGAGUCCCAUCACGAGCCUCAUCAUGAACAGCCAGACCAUCAUGCGCCGGAACAAGUACAACACGUGCAAGCUCCAGAGCACAAUCAGAAUGACCUGCAACCUCCAGAACCGGAAACCCCUCAGCAGCACGUUCCCCGUCCUGCCAACCUGGAAGAGCUUCAGCUGGCAGCCCAGUUAGGCCAAGGUCUAGCUGGAGCGCCCAUGAUGUCAGCCACAGACCCCAACAUGAACGUCGAGGACCCUAACCUGCGAAGCAUCAUGCCUCACCCUGACCCCGAGCAGCAGCAGACACCGUCCUAUGUUCACGAUACUCCGACGAGCGACCAAAUGGUAUCGCACGCCAUGUCUGUUUCUGUUGGGCCACCAAUGGGCCCCCAGUACCCUAUCGACAACAGCAUCCCACCCAGAAAACGAUCAAAGGUGUCAAGGGCUUGCGACGAGUGUCGGAGGAAGAAGAUUAAAUGCCUAUUCAGCCGCGUACCGCAGAAAAGGGGUCCAAGUAAAGGAUAUAUCAAAGAACUUGCAGAUCGCAUCCAUAGCAUCGAAAACAAGCUCGAGUCCGAUGGAGGCCUGAGCCAAGACGACAUCGACAGACUCUUUUCCACAGAUCGACCUCGGCAAAGCCAAGGCGAGGAUGCUGCUCGAAAACGACCCUUUUCCAGUAUCUCGACAAACGAUUUUGUUACACCCUCGCGACAAAUGCCAUGGGGCUCGGACCACAGGAUGCAGGCCUCGCCAGGGACUUCUGAAGCAUAUUCAGCUUACAACAACAACAACUCGUUGGCACCCCAAGGUACACCCAUUAGGCCAGACAGUACGCCCUCUAAACCUCCCGUGGCUGCUAUGGACGUGUCAAUGUCAGAUGCUCAUGAGACCGUUGACAUCGACGAAAGCAUGCUACAGAGUUAUUUGUCAACUGUUGGCCCUGUGUAUCCGAUAUUGCCAAGCACAAAGAAUCGAAUGCAGGCGCUACUCGCGCAGUGCCCAACAUCGGUCCAGAAUGCAUUUGCCAAUGCUCUUCCCGCUGUCGUAGGAUCCGGCGGUGACACAAAGCUCGCUAGCUUGCUACUUAUGGAACGCGAGAGCGAUGAAACCCAUGCCACACAAGCCACCUAUAUUGUGCAUGCCCAGACGCUAUUGCUGCUUAUUAUCGACGCAGACUGGCGUUCUUCACCAACUUUGCCGUACUUGCUUUCUCGUGCAGUUGGAUUGGCCAACUCGAUUAAUCUUUGGCGAUACACUCCCGUCGAGUUGGUUUUGGAGUCCGACUCGGACUCAGAUGACCAGCUAUCAGUGCGGAUAUGGUGGUCAUUGAUCCUGAUGGACCGCUGGCAUGCUGUCGGCAAAGGAAAACCACCAAUGAUACCCAACAAUAGUACAGUUGCUCCUCCUGGCCUGGAGAAGAUCCUGGGAGAUGUGUGCUUUUACCUUGCUCGACUUUCAAAGCUGCUCAACUGUCUGUGGCAAGCUAUCUUCACAUUGCAGCUCGGAAUGUCCACAACCGAGGAGAUAGUGGCACGCAUACUCGCAGAUUAUGUUGAGAACUACCGAGAAGAUCUUCCUGCGCAUAUCUUGGCUACGUCGCAUCCCGUUGUGCAUCUAGCAUACUGGCACUGUAAGCUCAUGGUUGUGCUUUUGACACCAGGCGCUACGCCGACCGAAACGUUAUGGCCUACCAAGGAAGUGAUCAACCUUCUCUUUGCAAACGAGCACCUACGCAGUCCACUCGUCAAUCACUUUGUGUCUCUUAUCACGAUGUCUCUGGCGAAGCUUGUCAAGAUCGACAAGUCGCGAGAAGAAGCCACACAGCUGAUCAAGGACAUUGUGGAAAAGCCAAACGAAAUGUGGAAUGGUGUUCGCGACAAACUCUCGGAAUUCUUGCGUCCAACAUCAUCAGUGGAGGCGGCAGCGAGCCAAGGCCUUCAACACCUGGCAGAUCUUGCCACAGCACAUGAGGGCAUCGCACCGGGAGGUGAUGAUAUCUCAUUUGGGCCAUCGUUGGCAUCAGGGUAUUUGGAUAUGGCGUAG